AUGGCAACACCACCAAUAAAACAGCGCCCUUCUACCAAACAGCCUUCAAGUCUUGAACUUCUUCUACAGAGGAAGAAGAAGAUGAACGACAUGCUUGAAGAUCUGGUAACCUACUCGCGUGAGAACAACAACUACCUUCAGCAGCAACUUAGACAGUCUCUGGUCAAGACCGACAAGUACCGCUCACAUUUUUCAUAUCUCAAAGACGUAGUGGAUCAAGCGGAGAGUCUCGGCACGAUUAAUGACUCACAAGUACACAAUCUAGACAGAUGGGAUAUCGGUGACGAGGUACUAGAUGACGACGCUGUUGAGUUGGGCUGUAACGACACAACGCUCAUUACAGAACUAGCCGAAGAGAAUGAGCAGGCUCAUGAUACAUCUAACAUGAAGUCGACGUUGAAUUCUAUCAACGCAGAUACGUCAGGCCCAACUAGACCAGAAGAAUUCUCAGAUUCGGAGUACAGUACUGUCACAGGGAGCCUCCUGAACUCACCACUUCUUGAUGAUCCCAUCCCUCCUGUCAGAUAA